AUGCCGUUCAGCAACAGUCCCGGCGGCGCCGCUUGGACGACGCCUGCGUGGAACUGGAACCGGGGCCCGCUCGGGAAGGUAGACGGCUCCGGGGGCAGCGUGGAGGCGCCGUGGUCAGGGAGCAAAGCCAACGGAAGCAGAGAUCUCUACGGGCGGGACGAAGACCUGGCCAAGUUGGAGAUCGCCGUGCUGGCUCUGACCUUCGCCUUAGCUGUGCUGGGCAACGUUUUCGUGCUGUUAGCGCUGCACCACACGCCGCGCAAAAAGGUAUCCCGCAUGCAUCUUUUCAUCCGGCAUCUAAGCCUGGCCGACCUGGCGGUAGCUUUCUUUCAGAUCUUACCCCAACUUUGCUGGGAAGUCACGCACCGCUUCCAUGGGCCGGACGGGCUCUGCCGCGUGGUGAAACACCUUCAGGUCUUCGGCAUGUUCGCCUCGGCGUACAUGUUAGUGGUGAUGACGGCCGAUCGGUACAUCGCCGUGUGCCACCCGCUCAAGACGCUGCAGCAGCCGAGCAAGCGCUCGCGCUGCAUGAUCGCGGCCGCCUGGGCGCUCAGCUUCUUGCUCAGCGUGCCCCAGUACUUCAUCUUCUCCCUCAGCGAGGUGGAGAGCGACUCGCAGGUCUAUGACUGCUGGGCGCACUUCAUCAAGCCGUGGGGGGCUCGCGCCUACAUCACUUGGAUGACUGGCAGUAUCUUGGUGGUUCCCGUCCUCAUCCUGGCCACCUGCUACGGCUUCAUCUGUUACCACAUCUGGAGCAACGUCCGGGACAAGACGCGGCUGCAGAAGCGAGAAAGGGCUCCGCCACGCGAGGGCGCCCUGCGCAAGGGACUGCUCUUCACGCCUCAUGUCAGCAGCGUCAAAAGUAUCUCCCGCGCUAAGAUCCGCACCGUCAAAAUGACCUUCGUGAUCGUUUCGGCUUAUAUUGUGUGUUGGGCUCCUUUCUUCUCUGUACAGAUGCGUUCCGUCUGGGACGACCAUGCCUCCUGGCAGGAUUCAGAGGAUGUUGCAGUUACAGUGACCGCCCUUUUGGCCUGCUUGAACAGUUGCUGCAAUCCAUGGAUCUACAUGUUUUUCAGUGGGCACCUCCUUCAAGAUUUCAUGCAGAGUUUCUUGUGUUGUCGAAACAUUAAACAAAGAUUGAAUAAAGAAGAUACUGGGAGCAUUAGCAGGAGACAGACUUCUUUCACUAAUAACAUAAGUCCAACAAACAGUUUGGAUACAUGGAGAGAAUCAUCAAAUUUAUCAUGA